AUGCAACAUACUUUGAAAAGUAAAGUUUCAUUUCGCCGAUUUUUGAACGAUGUUUUUUUUUUAAAUAAAUCUUUAUUUUCUAAUGGAUAAAUAUUCGUGUUAAACAAAUUUCGUCAAAUACGCGCUUGAUAUGCACUAUACUGUUAUUCCCACCAAGCGAUUCAUGCGUUACCACAUCUCUACGAUUUCUUACUACCUAUAGUUCAGCUAGUACAAAAUGGUCGACGUGCCUUGACUGUAUGAUACAGAUUGGUAGAUAAAACAUUUUUGUUUUUCUAUGAAGGAGUUAGAUAUAAUAAACCACCUGUAACGUUAAUGGAUUUAUAAAGGUUAUUGCGUUUCAGGUGUGUAUCGUUUUUGAUGUUAAGAGAUAUCUUUCAAUAAGCAAAAAAGUAAUUAAGUCGAGCGUUCACCUGUCAAUACGGCUUCCUUUUGGCAACAAAGUGUGUACGUUGCCCUCAGAGUGUGAAAUACUGCAUGUAUAAUUGAUGCUUUCCACUUCGUAAUAAAUUUAAAAUAUCGUAGUUGUAUUACACCGAUUAUUUACGAAUUUUAUUUUAUUAAAUUUUGCGCGAAGAUUGUUGAAAUUAUAUAUUUUUACGGAAUGUUUCUGAAAUGAUCAGCUUGAUAUAACGCUGUUCAUAAUAUUUAUAAAUGUUUCAGUUUCCGCUGUCGGGAAAAUUAAAUACAAUUGUCAACCGUUGGCUGUAAAAGAAAUGGAGAAACGACAGGAAAUACUGGCUCCGUUUUCUUCUGGUAAGUUACUAAACAAAGACAUGAAUAUAUAAUUUCUCCCUAUCAAUAUUUUAUAUAUAUAUAUAUAUAUAGAUAUAUAUAUAUAUAGAUAGAUAGAUAGAUAGAUAUAUAGAUAGAUAGAUAGAUAGAUAGAUAGAUAGAUAGAUAGAUAAAUAAAUAAAUACUUUUGUAUACAAUAAAAUGUUAAAAAGACGACCGUGAUAUUUUUUAGAAAAGUAAUAUCCUGCCUAUAUUUUAUUUAUUGGAACCUUGUUUUUCUAAUGUAAAACUUAUAAACAUAGAAUUGCACUAUAGAGUUUUAUUUGGGAUGUAUUAAAAUAUAGUACAUAUGUAUUUUAAACAUUCAAUAUAAAAAAUUAUUUUAAAGAAUUGACAUAUUCAGUAACAAUAUAAAAUUUGAAUUAAAAUUUAUUUAGCUUAUAAAUGUUAAGGUAUAUUAUGAUAAUGUUUAAUGUUAAUAUUUCAUAUAGGUAUCAUAUGAAUAAUCUUUUUAUAUAUUUAUAAUAGAAUAUAUUACUAUUUUUCAAUGUUAAUAACUUAAUAUAUAAAUAAAACCAUGUAUAUCAACUACAAUUAGUAUCAUAGUUAGAUACAAAACAAUUUAGUUUGUAAUUUUUAAAAUUUAAAAGGAAUAACAAUUUCAAAUAAGAUAAAUAUAUAUAAUUUUUAUUUUUAUUUAAUAAUUGGAAGCAAAUUUCUAUUGUAUUGAAUGUUAGUUUUUAUUUAAUUUAAUAUUUUGAUUAUAAAUUUUUUAAAAUAAUAAUUGUUUAAAGAAAUUUGUUAUUUAUUAUAUUUAUAGAAUAUGGAAUUUAAUUUUCACAUGAUUGGCCUCAGUGCUUCCAUGACUAUAAAAUUGAUACAAAAGAUACAGUAUUCUGUGUAUUCUAACACACACUGGUAUUCUAAAAUUAUACAUUUUAUCAAUACUUCAAAAUAUAGAACUUUAACAUAGAAAAUAUUUGAAAUAAUUUAUAGUUAAGCAGCUUAAAUCAUAAUUAAGAUAUUUCGGUGUUUAUAAUACUACCCUCGAUAAAAAUAUAAAAAUCGAAACAAAUAAAUUUAAAUAAUAACUUUUAUGUAAAAAUUAAUUAGUGUUUAAACAAUAUUAAAUAUACGAGAAGUUUAAGAGCAUGAUCGAGUGAAUUCGUCGUUAGUGGGGUUAGGCAGGAUAGUACAGGAUAGUACAGUUUAAAAUGAAACUCUAUGUACAAUCUGGAUUUAAAAAUAUCUUGAUUAAAAUCUGAUAAUUCUUGAAGAAACAAUGUUUAACCGCGGAAGAAGAAUUAUGAAUACGAAAGCAUAAGAUAAAGUUACUGAAAAGGGCGGUAGUAAAGGUAUUAGAUUGAAGGUUGGAGGUCGGUUAAGGAUCGGGGGUGCAUGGAGGUGGGGUGGCACGCGCGGACCAACGGAUCAAUUCGCGCUUGGAAGCUACGGGGAAAAGCAACAGUGUGUCUACCCCCUGCUUCCCGGAAAAGUACUUGGUACGAUUUAAUCUCUUUUAUUUAUUCUCGACACUAGGAUGACAAUAAACGGUUUAUCAAAUCAACAUGUGGGUAUAAUAGAACAUUUCAAUUAAUUGAUUGAAUAUUUUCGUCAGGAGUGUCGUUAGUAUUAGUAUUCAGACAGUUUCAUGUGACAUUUAUAUCGAAACUUCUUUUUUUCCACUCUUUUGGCAAGAUCGAACGUGUAAAUGUUCGAUUAGUUGUAACGAGAGAAUUGAUUUCAUCGAACGAAGUGACAGAAUCGAGAUGACAAUCUUAUUUUUAUUUAUUAUCAAUUAAAGUUAAAUCGAUUUAGUAGGACGUGCAUACUUGUUUCCGAAUUUUGACAUUUGACAGACGACCUUGGAUUAUCUGACCGAUGUUAAUUUAAUAAAAUAGAAUUACCAUUUUCAGUGUUUCAUUCUUUCAAUAAAAAGAGCCCGGCAAGCUUUAUUUUUUUCGUGCUGAUAUAUUCGUACGUUCAUGAAGUUGAAAAUACGAAUGCGUAUCAUACAAGAAUUUGACCUAGUUUUCAUUGUAAUAUAUCUUUAUGCAUUACUGACAUGAGAACGGGAGGCUGCUGCAAUUGUCACAAGCGGGUCCUAUUUGUUCCUUUCGCAGUCAAUAGGCGCGAGGACAUUUGGAUAUCGGUUUUCUCGUAUCUCGAUGCAGUUCACGAAGUGCAAUAUUCCUUGUUGCACGCGAGCACCGUCUUUUUCGUGAAAGUAUCGUCGUACAAUCUUUUCCAUAGUUUAAAUAAUUUCCGUUGCAAGAUUUGAUAUAUAUUUUUACUACCUAAAGUAAUUGUCAAAUGUGUUUAAAUAAUAAUUAUCGUGUUUUGUCUUAUUCAUACGUAUUAAAAAAAUGUGUCUUUAAUAUGCUUAUAGAUGAGUGUGGGGAGGAUAGUGAAGAAGAUGUAAUAACUGACUAUUUGGGAUCAUCGCAUUCUGAUUGCGAUCGUAUACCUAUUAUUAAUGGAGAUCUUGGUAGUUUAAAUCUACAUGGAAAUAUAAUUACUGAGACCAGCUACACCAAAGACAAUACAGAGAAAACGGCUAUCACAAUGUCUGAAGGGACUGAUGAACAGCAGCAGCAGCAGCAUUCAUUACUUUCACUUGGCACUAAUAGUCAAGCUCAGACUAAUCCGUUGGUGCCAAUUAUCAGUGUCACGCCUCACUCACCUGGUCUUGCCAAGAACUACCCAGUUUUAGAGGACAACUUGCAACAUCUGCAUGAAAUCCAUGAUUGUAUUCAGCGUAUGAGAGAUCUGACGCUAAGCAACUGGGGAUAUAAUCAUCGCACAUCCCACAAUGAUGUACCUCAACGGUUAACUUCAUCGUGUCCUUCCCUAUGUCCUUUCAUUUCACCUGAAAUUGCACCACGCUCAAGCAAUAAUGAUACAGGAUCUGAUCCUGAUCUCCUUGCUAACUGUUCCACCAACAGCUCUCCUACACAUUUUCCACCAGUAGGUCCUCGUUCACAGAAUGCACAAGGUAUAGACCGAAGACGCAGUUGGACUGAUUUGGAAGAUACUCGAUCUGGACGUCGCAGAUAUUCUGGACAAAAUCACCUACAAGCACAAAAUAUGCGACAACGCAGUAUUAGUUUAAGCAGCUUAGACAGUGAAAUGGAAAUAGAAUUACAUGGAAAAUCUUGUAGCAGACCUGUAGGAACUGGUAGUCGAGCAUGCAGAUCACAAGCAAGUACUCAUUCUCUCAACGAAGCUGAUCUUGUACAGAGCGAAUAUCAGAAGAUAGUUGCAAAACGAUUCAAAGGUAGUCAAAGAUUAGCAGACAGUAGUGGUUUAAUGCCUGGUCUUACGGGCUCUCGUUUACCUCUUCAGAAAUCUAUUUCAACGCCUUCAAUUGUAACACCUCAAGUUAAUGCUCAUUUAUCAGAAACUGUAACUAGAACAACACCAUCACUUACAGCCCGACGUGAAAGAAACGAAAAGGGUAGUGGAAGUGAGACUGAAACUGAGGAUCUUCAUACUCCAAACAGCCAUGAAUUCUAUGAAGACAGAGAAGGCACCCCAAAUACUCAGAUAUCCUUUGAUGAGUUACUAACGGAGAUAAAAGUACCAUCAAAACUACAUCAAAUAUGUCCUCAACUACAAGUAGUUAUAAUAUUAAGAGAGGAUCUACUGCAUCGUUACCUUUACCGACGUCUGGAAGUGGGAGUGGACUAGAAGGAUAUGAUCUUGGAGAUGACACUUAUCAAUUCACUGUGGGUGAUCUGGAAGGUUUGGAUCCUGAAUUGGGCCUGGCAAAAGAAGAACCUGACUCUUGGAGUGCUGCCAUUGGACAUAACGUUGCAUUGCGUCUAGCUGAUAACUGUGAACGAAAAGUAAAAAGACAAGAACACAUUUAUGAGUUUGUACUUACAGAAAAACAUCACUGUUUAGUACUUCUCGCUAUGGAGAGAAUUUUCGCGGAAGGUCUGCGACGUCACUUUCGUUUUGGUCAAGCAGAUCUGGAACGCAUGUUCCCAAGACUACGUGAUCUCAUUGAUAUUCAUUUACGAUUUCUGCAAAAAUUACGUAAGAGGCAAAAUACAAAUUCUAUUGUUCCUACAAUUGCUGAUAUAUUAGUGGAUCAAUUCUCUGGAGAGAAUGCACAACGUAUGAAGAGUGCCUAUGGUGAAUUCUGUAGCCGUCACAGGGAUGCUGUAGAAGCUUAUAAGUAUUAUUUGCGUCAUGAUCCUCGAUUUGCACGAUUCGUGCGUCAAUGUCAGAAGAAAGGAAUUCCUGAAUGUAUUUUAUUUGUUACUCAACGUUUAACAAAAUAUCCACUACUUGUGGAACCACUUAUCAAAACGGGAAUUGCGCAAGAAGAGGGUGAAGAUUUACGCAAAGCUUUAGUUCUUGUUAAAGAAAUUUUGGCAAAUGUGGAUACAUGUGUUGCUGAUAAGGAAAGGGAAGAUAGAAAAUUAGAAAUCUAUAAUAAGAUUGACGCAAAGUCUUUUGCGACAUAUCGUGGUGCCAAGUUCAAAAAAUCAGAUAUUAUGGCAUUUAAUAGAAUUUUAAAAUUCGAAGGUACUGCGUAUUUAAUGCAAGGUCGUGGAAAAAUGACUGCCAUUGUAGUGGUUGUUCUUUCUGACAUAUUAUUUUUUUUGGCUGAAAGAGAUCAGAAAUAUGCAUUUUUUGUGCCUGACAAUAAGGCUGGUAUAGUAUCGCUUCAAAAAUUACUAGUUCGUGAAAAGGCGGGUCAAGAAUCUAGAGGAAUUUAUUUAAUAAGUAGCAAUCCAGCUGAACCUGAAAUGUUCGAGUUAAAAAUUCAAAAGCCAAAAGAUAAACAAUUGUGGAUACAAGCAAUUAGAUCAGCAGUUGAAGCCUGUCCGCAAGAACCUGAAAAUGAAACUGAUAUAUCAACUGAAAGUAAUAAUAAUAAUGAAUUAAGAGAUACACGUUCCUCUUCUAUAUCGUUACUUUCUGUUGAAGAAAAACAACGUUUAGUUAAAACUAAAGAAUCGCAUGUUCUUAAGAUAAUUGGUGAAUUGCGAAAGAAGGAUGCGGAACAGGCAUUAUUACUCGAAGAGAAAAUCAAUUUACAAAUACAACUCUUACAUGCUGCUAAUAUUUUGAAUGGAAAUGAAAGUAGUGAUAAUGAGAAGAUAGAAAAAGCUGAUAAAGAAAUUGCAGAUUAUACUAGAUUAGUUCAUAACGAAGGAACUGAUACUACACAAUUACGGCAAGAGGUGGUUGUAGCUAUUCAAGAAGCAACAAAACUUGCUAGCUCAUUAUCUUUUAGCGCGGGUGGUGCUACUCUUUCGAGAAGUUUAAGUUCUGCAGGAGAGCGACAUAGCGAGGCCUAUGUUCCGUCUGCACUUUGUAUUCCUCGAAGAGCUGAGACAUUUGCGGGUUUUGAUCACAACAAAGAAAAAUAUCCGUUGCGAGAGUCUGCAAUUCAUUCUGUAAUUUCUCUUCCAAAAGUUAGUGAAUUUAUAAAAGAAAAUCCAGAAGAAAAAGGAAAUCAAGAAACAGAGAUAAGUAAAGAGCAACAAUGGGCAGCGAUUCGUUUGUCUCAUCAUGUUUAUAGGUUGGUCUGUAUAAUUAGUAAUCAAAUGACGACAAUUGACAGUCUACAGGCUCAAUUAGCUGCGUGUAAAGAAGGUAGUAUGGGCAAAUUAAAUAACAGACCUAAUCCAAAUCGCCAAUUAGAAGAAUUACGUAAUUUACAAGAUAAAUUAAGUCAAGAGAAAGCAGCGUUUCGCACCGCAUCACAACAAGAACAAAAGCAAUUAGAAGAAGAACGAGCUGAAUUGGCAAGACUACGUGAACAAUUAGCAGCGGAACAGAGAGAUGUUACACAACAGCGAGACCAAUUAUAUCGACGGCUCGAAGCAUUAGAACGACAAGGGGUGACAUUAGUUACAAGCUCUGCACCUAGUUCUACAACUAUUCAUCUGUCCCAUUUGACACAGGGAUCUGAUACUGUACAGACACGAAAAACGCAACCGGAUGCUAAAAGAAUUCCGUUAAAUUUAAUUAGUGCUACUAAUCAGCAAAAAGUGCAAAGUAAUCUUCCAGUAAAACAACAAUUGCCUUUAAAACUUGCUAGCGGAAGCAACAAUAAUACUAGGCAAUCCAGAUCGGCAUUCACGAACGGGAAGCAGUCCGGCAAUUGUAACUGGCUCUACGUAUUCUUCACCAGAAUUAGGAAACAAUCAUGCUGGUACGAGCCAAACUCAUUCCUCGAAUCGUUCGCUUAGAAUUACACGAUCACCUCCAGAAUAUUCACAUCAGCAACAGCAUCAGAGAACGGAACAGCAGCAACCUUUGGAAGAAGAA